AUGAGCGCUUCCAACAGCUAUGGAAAACCUAACGAUGAGAUGUUCCUACAAAGGAAGAACACUACCAAUGAGUCCCCCAUAAUCGAACCUUUACGUAUCCAGAAGCGAUCCUCGAAUGCAUCGUCAACCAUGUCUGCGGGUGUUGUCCAACAGCAACAGCCAAGCGGUGGAAACCAGUUCGUUAUGCCAUCUCUUCCUUACCCGGACGAUAGAGCAAGACAAGAGCAGCUGAAAGCGCAGGCAGCCAGAGCAAAUGGAGCGGCUUCUCCUUAUCAGUACCCAGAUCCGAGGCGGGUAGGAUCUCCACAGAACAGGUCGGACAAUACCUCUCCAUUCGACCCGGUACAAAGAGCAGGCUCAGCAGGCUCUGGAAGAGCUGCUAUGCCAGGUCUACCAGGACUGCCAGCAGAAUUACAAGCCGGCCAGCCAACCCUGGCUGAAAGACGUGGCACCAAUGCGCCGAAGCCGUUGCCAGAUUCUCCUGGUCCAGAAGCACCCGACAAGGACGGCCUCUUCCAAAGGCAAUUCCAACGUUCGAACAUACCGCAAAGUGCGCCUGCUUCCGAAACCUCAUUCCCUGCUCCAACAAUCGGUAACGCUGCGCAAGCUGCCUUUGCUCGACUCAACAUCAGGGAUCCGAACCGAAUAGGACGCAUUGAUUCGACUGCUUCCACAUCGACUACGAAAGCAACGAGAGGCUCUCCGCCUCCACCAGAGACACCGAUCGAACCACCUCCGUCCCUCAACCGACCGCUUACCGAUAUUGAGCAGAGGUUCGCAAAUUCGGGUAUUGCAGGAGCAGGAACAUUGACAGCAUUGCAAGCCCAGAGCGCAGCUGCACAGGCAAGAGCAGCGAACUAUGGAGGACGAGGUCCAAGUCAGCCUCAGCAAGCUCAAUCGCAACCUCCUCAAAGACCCUGGACUCCUACUGAGCAACCAGGAGCCUCUCCACAUCCAGCACCCACUGUUUAUCAAGGUGACAGCGAAGUCAGCGAUCAUCCUCAGCAGUCUGCAGCACGUAGAGCAUCUCAAUCACAGCCAAGACCGAAUGACAUAUUAUCACAAUCUAGUCCGUACCCUGCUCGCACUACUCCUUUCGAAAAUGAAACCAACCGUUUGCCAGUCGCGGACGAGCCACCGCCAGCUUACUCUUCGGUAUCUGGCAUGCGUCCAGGUCAGUAUCCUGCUGAGAAGGGACGUCUCUCGGCACAGCAACCCAUCAAUCAGCAGUCGGCUCAGCAAGCACCGACAGCAACACCACAACCACAACUGCAGGCGCAGCCUAUUCAACAGCCGCAACCUCAACAGCAUCCGGCAUUUGCAAACGAUCAUCGUCCCCUAUCAGCACAGUCGCCAGUACAGCAGAAUGGUGCUCAAAUAAAUAUACAGCAGUCGGGAAUACCUCAGAGAGCGCCUUCUCAGAGCAUACCUCCAGCUUCACCUCCACCACUUCCCGAGGGUUGGAUCGCUCACCUAGACUCCAAUUCUGGCCAGUACUAUUACAUCCAUCUGCCCACUCAAUCGACACAGUGGGAGUUUCCUAAGGGUCCUACACCAUUGAACCUCAAUGAAACACCACUGUCGCCCACAGGAACUGCGGCACCAUUAGCAUCUCCUGGCCUCUCUUUCAUGCACAAGCCUCUAAUGUCCCCAGGUCUGCCGAUGAGUCCUGGAUUCGACCAGCAAAGCGUUAUGAGUGGUGCCACAACCGUUGCUUUUACUGGUCCGCCACCAACAAGUGGUGUCGACCUUUACAAAAUCGCACCUACCAACGGUGUUUACUUUGGGCCUUAUCUCAGGUAUACCAACAUGGAUUUGGAACUCGGCUUCUGGUAUGGAUCUAUCCUGCUUGUUAGUGAUGGCCCCCAACCUCCAACAAUACACCUUCACCAGAGCAUUGAUCUGUCACCAAACCCGAGACAGCUCAAAGCACAAAACAUUGCACAACAUCAGCGAUGGUCAUUCUAUAGAUAUGACCUGGAUGUGAGAAUGGAAAUUGACGGGCCAGCAAAGUGGACUUAUGCUAUCACAUCCCACCUGGGCUGCACAAGGUAUGAGUUUCUGGUUGCUGGCAGAUACGAGACCAAUUGGAGAUUCAUUGCAGUUUCUGGUAAUGACUUCAGUCUGGGCACUAGCGCGAAUGAGAGAGCUAGGUUGGGUGGACCUGGGUAUAUGUGGAAAGAUAUUACACAAAAGCACGCAGAGUGUGGAGGUUUCCACGUGCAACUCGGUCUCGGUGGCCAGAUAUCCGCAGACAGGCUAUGGAAGGAAAUUCCUUCGCUGAAGCAGUGGCUUGCGACCUCCGGCAAGGACACUCGAAAGAAUGCACAAUGGACUGCUGCACAUGAGGAAGAUGUCUCUCAUGCAUAUUUUCAUUACUACACGAGUCACUUUGACCAGCCCUACUUGAGGGAAGCUUUUGCGCAGAUACCACAUGUCUGCCAAAUCGACGAUCAUGAUAUAUUCGACGGUUUCGGUUCAUAUCCAGACUACAUGCAAUUUAGCAAUAUGUUCAAAAAUAUUGGCCGGAUAGGCAUUGAAAUGUAUCUCCUCUUCCAGCAUCACACCACCCUCGAAAUUCUCCGCAACGUAUCCGAUGACCGCGACUUAUUUACGAUAACUGGUACGGGAUGGCACUUUGUCAAAUUCUUAGGACCAGCUGUUGCGGUUGUAGGUCCAGACACAAGAUCCGAACGCAACCCGCAUCAAGUGAUGGCCGGACCAACGUAUCAAGGUAUCUUUCCAAAAAUAGCGAUGUUACCACAGAGUGUGCAGCACUGCAUCUUGAUGAUCGCGGUGCCGAUUAUAUAUCCAAGGUUAGACAACAUGGAACAGCUUGCCAGUAGUGUGGCUACUGGUAAGAAAGCUGUGACUGGAGCUUACAAUAUGCUUGGCAAAGUGACCAGCUCAGUCGCCGGUGUGGUUGGUGCCAAAGGCGCAGUUGGUUCUGGCUUUGACUCUGUCAAGCGUGCUGUGGGCAAGUCGGGCUUGAUGGGCGGUAUCCUAAAUCCUUUUGGCGAUAUCGACAUGCUGGAUGAGCUCAAGGAUCAGUGGACACAUGAAAGCAAGGACCUUGAACGUACCUAUCUCAUUCGCACCCUGCAAGGAAUUGCUCACAACCGCAACAUCAGAUUUACAGUCCUAUCUGGCUCAACUAACACCGCAGGUGCUGGGCUCGUGCACGACCCUUCACAUCCACAGGACCACAAGACAAUGUACCAACUCAUUUCCUCCAGCGUAGUCGCCGCUCCACCAAAUAGCUAUAUCCUCAAGAUGCUCAACAGCAACAAACCACUGUACAUCCCUGCCAAUGGCCAAAGAUCCACACCUCAUAUACCCACAGACACUAAAGAAGAUAUGAUGGAGUUGUUCACGGUCGAUGGAAAUGGCCAGCCGAAUACAGGUAACAGACGGCUAAUCGCCAGGAGAGGAUAUGUUGCUAUUGUGGCUUACGAUCCAGAGGUAGUCAAUGGAAACUUCAGACCUGCUGGACCGGCCCAAGGAAGCGGCAAAUUGAGCCUUGCCGCGGACUUUCUUGUGCAGAGUGAAGGCAGCUAUGGAGGAGUGAUGAAAUACGGACCUGUCGUCAUUCCGAGUUUGGAAUUUGGGCGCUAG